AUGAAGUUCGCAUCCAUCUUCACUGUCGCCCUCGCCGCUGGCGCUUAUGCCAUGCCCACAGCAUCCGAGCCUGAGGAUGCGGCCCUCGAGAAGCGAACCGGUCCCGGCAUCGUUGCCGCUGCUAAAAAGCAGCUGGGCAAACCCUACGUCUGGGGCGGCGGUAACAAGAAUGGACCUACCAAGGGCGGCUUUGACUGCUCUGGUCUGACCCAGUACUCUGUCUACCAGGCUCAGAAGAAGGAGAUUCCCCGAACUGCUCAGACUCAAUACCACUCCAAGAUGGGCAAGCACCUUCCCCGUGGUCAGGCCAAGCCUGGUGACCUGAUCUUCUGGGGCAAGGGUGGCAACUGCAAGACUGGUGUCGUGCAUGUUGGCAUCUUCACUGGCCCCGGAUGGAUGAUCAAUGCUGCACACACCGGAACUCCUGUCCGCAAGCAGAAGAUCUGGACUUCUUCAGGUGGCGAGAAGAUUUGCCCUGACGCAGUUCGUUUCUGGUAA